UGACACGAGACGUUAUGAAGUAAGACGGUGCAGACCAUUGCAAGGGUGAUAUUUCGUUUGUACGUUUUUGUCGUACGACAAAUUUUUUCAAGCCUGUGAUUGACUGCAAGACAGAGAGAUCCGAGGACCUCUCUGUCCUGUACACUUUGCUGUACGACGAAAACGCACAAAUGAAAUAGCACCUCAAGACAUCGCAUUUCGCAAUCGUCGUAUUUUGAUAAAAUAGGAGUUAAAAAGAUUUUGUAGUUUUUUUUUAAGUUACAGACAAUUGCAGAAAACGUGAAAAAGGAGACUGAAAGAAAAAGAUAACCUGAUUGCUCAUUAUGGAUGUGUCCAUCGCAAAAAUUCACCAUACUUUAUUGGAUGCCGCAUUACCAUCGACUAUUAAAGAUCUUAAAAAUCCAACGGAGGAUUAUGUUGUGAAUUUGUUAACAACAUUCUUAACACGUUUCGGCAUCAAUAUGAGCUUGAUUGAUCAGCCAAUUCCAGAACAACUUGGAGCUAUGAUGUAUUAUGAAGAUUCUGAUGUUAUAAAUCUUAUAAAUUUAUAUGUAGUUGUGGCACAGAUAUCCAAUAAGAUAUUUCUACAUGAUUUUUGUCUUACCGAUAUUACUAGUCCAGGACAAAAGCGACUAAGAAAGCAAGCAAAAUUUUUAUCUAACUUUGUAUUGUAUACAAUGCAUAAGCAGUCAGGAUAUAAUGACAGAAUGGAUGAAAUUCAGACUAUAUCUAAACUACUAGAAGAUCUGAAGGAAAGAAAGACUCAUGUUUCAGAAUCUAUUAAUAAUAAAGUUAUGCAUAAAGCAAAGCAAUUAUCCAUGAUAGAAAAGUUAGAAAAUGACAUAGAACAUAUGCAGUCAAUAACGGAGAAACUCAAUAAGCAGGAGAUGGAAUUUGAAAUAAGGAAAAACAAUGUUGAUAAAGAAAAUCAGAAAGCUAAGGAACUUUGUGGUUCUGUUAAGACGACAGCGGGAAAGCUGUCCAAGAUGAUAACUGAAAUACAGUCAGAAGUUGUACAUUCACCAAAAGAGUAUCGAUCCCGUUUAGACGAAAUUGAAAAGCAACAUAAGUUAAAAGAAGAAGAACGUAGUACAAUGCAAGAAGCUAUUCAGGAAAAGAAACAGUCUAUAAAACUAAUUGGGGAAAAGUUAAAUUUUGUUCAAAAAACAAGUGAUGACUUUCGUAUGUUAGCAGAUACAUAUAAAGAGCAAAAAAACAAGAAAACAAAAAGAAAUAAUGUUAUAAAAGAAAUUGAUUCAUUGAAUAAUAUCUGGAGCGAAUCAAAAACUAAAUUAGCAAUGCACAAAGAUAAGAUAGAUAUCGAAAAGAACGAAUUACAAACAUACAAUGAGGAAGAUAUGGUUUUAUUGUGCAAUCUGUAUAGCCAAUUAUUGAGUGACAAAAAGAUACAGAAAACUAAAUUAGAUAAAGCUCAAGAUUGUUUGAAUGAAAAAUGUUUGGAAAAGAAUAAAUUACAAACAGACAUUAAAAAAAUAGAGGAAGAAACUAGAACUUUUAUCAACAGUUGUCAAGAGAGUUAUGAUAAUGAACUUGCUAAUGAAUUUGAAUUACGGAGAGCUUGGAAAGAAUAAUUAUAAAAACAAUUUGUAUUGUUUUUGCUCUUACUUUCGAUUACAAUGUAAGAUAUAUUAAUAUAAAUUUUAGAGUAAAUUUAUGUAUACAGCCCAGUA